AAUAUGCUUGUAACUUGUAUAAAACCAUUACCUGUUGUUUGUUCUAGGCGUUUAUUACAUACUACCUUGAGUAGACAACAACAACAACAACAAAGACCCCAAGAAUAUGAACUUCGAGUUGGUUUUGGCAAGUAUGAUAGAAAUAAUAAUAAUAAUAAAAAAGAGUGUGAUUGACCAUUGUAUUAGCUAUUGCAACUUUACAAGAUGACAUAACCCAUUUCUUUUCUAGAGGAUUAACCGAGCAUUCCAUCUAUUCCCCUCAUAUCAAACUAUCAGACCCUGAUUAUACAAAACUUUCAAUCCAUGGUCGUACGGCCUAUUUGGGAAUAGCGCAAAUGUUAAGAUGGAGCUCGAGCAUGUAUUUUGAUGAUAUUCAAUUAGAAAUUACAAAGAUGAGAGUAUUGUCUGAUGAUACCACCUACAUUGAUCAUGAUAACAUGUUUUUUUCUUCAAUAAGUCAAGCAGAGAAUGACUUGAAAUCCAAAGGCAUUGUGAAAAAGCUUGAAGUGAGAUGGAAAAUGCAGGGUAUAAAGAAUGCUACUUGGUUUGUAGAGUCACGUACAAGAUAUAUUGAAGGUGUAUUUGUGUAUGCGUUUGAUCAUGAAGGAUAUAUUGGGGAACAUCGCAUACAACGUAUUGUGCCUCCACCUAGUAGACGCGUUGUUUUGUUACAUUCGUUGGGUGUUCGAUUACGUUCUUUGUUCUGGGAAAGAAGGCCACCUGUUUUAAAUCCUGGUUUUUGAAUAAUAAGAAUAAUAAAGGA